GGGGGGCGGGGGGGGUGGGCAGGUUCGAGUUUCCCAAAUCCCUGGAUUUCCAAAUCCCGCAGUCGAUGAGGAUACUGUUGCACAAUAUCGUUUAGAGGAAUUCAUCUGCUUGCUUCCCAACACCCCCCCCCCCCACCCGCUCUCCUCGCACCACACCUCCUUUUAUGAUUUUUUUCCCCUUCCCCCGGGGAAGAGAAGAAGGGGUCGUGCGUCUCUCUUUUUCUUUUUUUCUUCUUCUGAAAUAAGUGGACAGACCGCUCUCCGGAUUUGCAGGACAGACGAAAAAUGUCUGCAAAAGAUAACCCUUGCAGGAAAUUUCAGGCAAAUAUUUUCAAUAAGAGCAAAUGUCAAAAUUGCUUCAAACCCCGCGAGUCCCAUUUGCUCAAUGAUGAAGAUUUGAACCAGGCAAAACCCAUCUAUGGUGGAUGGCUGCUCCUGGCUCCUGAAGGGACUGACUUCGACAACCCUGUGCACCGCUCUCGGAAAUGGCAGAGAAGAUUCUUCAUCCUCUACGAGCAUGGGCUCCUGCGCUACGCCCUGGACGAGAUGCCCACGACCCUCCCCCAGGGCACCAUCAACAUGAACCAGUGCACGGAUGUGGUGGAUGGAGAGGGCCGGACGGGUCAGAAGUUCUCCUUGUGCAUCCUCACGCCUGAGAAAGAGCAUUUCAUCCGAGCGGAGAACAAGGAGAUCAUCAGCGGAUGGCUGGAGAUGCUCAUCGUCUACCCCAGGACCAACAAGCAGAAUCAGAAGAAGAAGCGGAAGGUGGAACCUCCAACACCACAGGAGCCCGGGCCUGCCAAGAUGGCUGUCACCAGUAGCAACAUUCCCAGUGCUGAGAAAGUUCCUACCACCAAGUCCACGCUCUGGCAGGAGGAAAUGAGAGCCAAGGACCACCCAGACGGGAGUAGCCUCAGUCCAAUCCAGAGCCCUGGGCAGAGCCAGGCCCCUCUGCCCAGCACCCUGAGAGAACCUGGGCUGGAAGACAAAGAAGAAGAGAGCACUAUGAACGGUGACCGGAUAGACUGUGGACGGAAGGCUCGCGUAGAGAGCGGCUACUUCUCCCUGGAGAAGACCAAACAGGACUCGAAGGCGGAAGAGCAGCAGCUGCCGCCACCAUCCCCUCCCAGCCCCAGCGCCCCCAACAACAGGUACAGUUACCCUGAGCGACCCUCCCAGGAGUACGGCCGCCCCUUUCCUUCCCCAGGUCCCCAGCCCACCGCCCGGAUGGUCUGCAGCGUCUCCCUGAACUCCCUGGACACGGAGAGCCGACACCGUACCCCCGUGGACACCAGCGGCGCUGGGGGGAGGGGAGCGGAGAGACCGGGGCGCUCCUUUGCCUUUAAAGCCAGCAGGCAGUACGCCACCAUAGCUGACGUCCCUAAGGCCAUCAGGAUCAGUAAUCGCGAGGCCUUCCAGGUGGAGAGGAAGAGGCUGGAGCGCAAGACACGGGCCCGCAGCCCUGGCAGGGAGGAGGUGGCCCGCCUCUUUGGCAACGAGAGGAGGAGGUCUCAGGUCAUAGAAAAAUUUGAGGCCUUGGACAUUGAGAAAGCAGAGCACAUGGAGACAAAUUCCUCAGCCGGCCCGGCCCAGUCCGGCGAGACCCGCCAGGGCCGAAGCGAGAAGAGGGUGUUCCCCAGGAAGCGGGACUUCACCACAGAAGCCACGGCCUCAGCCGCCGGAUCCGCCCCGGAAGUUUCAGCUUCCCCCCUGUCUCCACACCGCAGAGCCAAAUCACUGGAUCGGAGGUCCACCGAGUCCUCUAUGACGCCUGACCUGCUGAACUUCAAGAAAGGCUGGUUGACCAAGCAGUAUGAGGAUGGGCAGUGGAAGAAACACUGGUUUGUUCUGGCGGAUCAGAGCCUGAGAUACUACAGGGAUUCGGUGGCCGAAGAGGCAGCGGAUUUGGAUGGUGAAAUUGACUUAUCUACAUGUUAUGAUGUCACUGAGUAUCCAGUCCAGAGGAACUAUGGCUUUCAGAUUCACACUAAAGAAGGAGAGUUCACCCUCUCCGCCAUGACAUCUGGAAUUCGGCGGAAUUGGAUCCAAACCAUCAUGAAGCACGUGCACCCGACCACUGCUCCAGAUGUGACCAGCUCCUUGCCAGAAGAGAAGAAUAAGAGCAGCUCCUCCUCGUCCUCCUCCCCGGCCUUUGAGGCCUGCCCAAAGCCGAGCGAGAAGCAGGAUCAGGACCAAGGGGAUCUGGAUCCCGAACAGAAACGGAGCCGGGCCCGGGAGCGCAGGCGGGAAGGGCGUUCCAAAACCUUCGACUGGGCCGAGUUCCGCCCCAUCCAGCAAGCCCUGGCUCAGGAGAGGGCCAGUGCCGCGGAAGCCCCCAGCGCGCGCGAGCCCGGGGGCUUGGACACGGACCUAGGGGAGCUAGAGAGAGAGCGGGCCCGGCGGAGAGAGGAGCGGCGCAAACGCUUUGAGAUGAUUGAUUCUGUCGAUGGCCCGAGCGGGGAGGACUCUGGGUCGCGCAUGGAGGUGGACAGGAGCCCAGUGUCACCCGUCGCGCCGGAGACCAAGCCCCAGAACGUCCACGUGGAGAUCGAACAGCGGUGGCAUCAGGUAGAAACCACCCCACUGCGUGAAGAGAAGCAAGUCCCCAUCGCCCCGCUGCACCUCUCCUCAGAUGAUGGACCUGACAGGCUUCCCGCCCAGGAGAUAACCUCUUUGCUGGAGAAGGAGUUGGAGCAGAGUCAGAAAGAGGCCUCGGAUCUCCUGGAACAGAACCGAGUCCUGCAAGAUCAGCUGAAAGUGGCUCUGGGCCGGGAGCAGAGCGCUAGGGAGGGCUACGUGUUGCAGACGGAGGUGACCACAUCACCGUCCUGUGCCUGGCUGAGGCUCCAUAAAGUCAACCAAGACCUCCAAAGCGAGCUAGAAGCCCAGUGCCAGCGCCAAGAGCUGAUUAAUCAACAAAUUCAGUCCCUGAAGCGUAGCUACGGGGAGGCCAAGGAUGUGAUCCGGCACCACGAGGCUGAGAUUCAGAGCCUGCAGGCGAGGCUGAGCAACGCUGCCGCCGAGCUGGCCAUCAAAGAGCAAACCCUGGCCAAGCUGAAGAGCGACCUGAAGAUGGAGAAGGCCAAGGUCAGAGAGCAGCUGGAGGAGUGGCAGCACAGUGAAACCACCCUGAGCUCCCAGCUGAGAGCCAGUGAACAGAAACUGAAGAGCGCAGAGGCCCUGCUGCUGGAAAAGACCCAGGAGUUGCGGGAUCUGGAAGUGCAGCAGGCGUUGCAGCGGGACCAUCAGAAGGAAGUGCAGCGACUCCAGGAGAGGAUCGCAGACCUCAGCCAGCAGCUCGGGGCCAGCGAACGAGCACAGGCUCUGAUGGAGGAGAAGCUGCAGAAGAACUAUGAGCUCUUGCUGGACAGCUGCGAGAAGGAAAAGCAAGCCCUGAUCCAGAACCUGAGAGAAGCGGAGGAGAAGGCGAGUGACUAUGAAGAUCAGCUGCAGGAUCAUGAGCAGCAGAUGGAAAUCCUCCAGAAGGAGAAGCUGAACGCCACGUUUGAGGGCAGCGAAAUGGUGCAUCAGCUGGAGGAGGAGCUCCAGGUGAAGGAGGCCAGCGUCCAGAAGCUCGCCGAACACAUCCAGAGCCUCCAGGGCGAGCGAGACCAGAUCAGAACGAGGUUCCAGGAGCUGCUGGAUCAAGUCGCCCGCUCUGACGGGGAAGUCGCCGAGCUUCGGGAGAAGCUGGAGGCCCGGGAGGCCGACUAUCUCCACCUGGAAGGCACGCACAGGCGCGUCUCCGAUCGGUUCCGCGACGUGCACGCCGCCCUGAAAGGGAAGGAAGAGGAGUUGCAGCGCAUCAAGGCGCUGCACGAGAAAAUUGUGGCGAAGAAAGACCAGGACCUCAACGAGGCCAUGGUGAAGAUGGUUGCUUUGGGCAGCAGUUUGGAGGAAACAGAAAUAAGGCUCCAGGCCAAGGAGGGGGUCUUAAGGAGGGGAGCGAACGCUCACCCCGGGGGCCCAGACGACGAGUGUCCAACGCUGGACGCCGACGGAGAGGGCGUCGCCCUACUGGGGCAACCAGAACAAGCUCAAGGCGGGCCGCCGGCGACACACUCCCCUCCCCAGGUUAAUGAAGGCCUCGAGGCCAGCCAGGGGGAGGUGAGCGAGACCCCGGGGCUGGAGGCUGGAGAUGUCGUCACCCUCUCUGAGUCAGCGGAGCCUCACGACAGAGAGGGCCUUCAGAAGGCCGCACCAAAGUGUGAAGGGGGCACCCCGGGCACUAAACGGCAGCGAAUCCGUUUCUCGAGUAUCCAGUGCCAGAAGUACAUCCAUCCGGAUGGCUCCGAGAAGAACUGGGCCAGUAGCACGUCUUCGGACACCAGUCAGGACCGGUCGCUCUCGGAAGAAAGCAUGUCGUCGGAACCCGCUCUCACGGGGCUCUCUGCCGGAACCGGGGCCCCCGAGGCUUAUCUGUCGAUCAUCCACUCUCUGGAGACCAAACUGUACGUCACAGAGGAAAAGCUCAAAGACGUGACCAUGAAAUUGGAGAACCAACAAGGCCAGAAUCAGGAGGCCUUAAUAGCUCUUCACCAGCAGUGGGCUGGCACGGAAUCCCAGCUCCGGGACCAGCUCCAAACUAGUCUGUCCCAGGUCGCCGCCUUGGCCUCGCAGCUGGAAGACGAAAGAAAGGAGAGGCAGACGGUGAUGAAAAAGCACGUUGGUGAGCUGGGAGACUUCCGAGUCAAAAACAGUCGAGCCCUCUCGUGCUUAGAAGCGUGCAGGGAACAACUGAGGUCUUUGCUAAAGGCCGACCGGGAGAAAGAGGGAGACUUGGGUUUGGCCACCCUCUCCAGUGUGGAAAUCAUCUUAUCUGACGCCGUCCGUGUUUUGCGUCAGAUACCCAGCUGGCCAGGUGAGGCCCGGGAAGAGAGUUUGCCUGCGGGAGACAAAGUGACCCCCCAGUUCCCUGGAUUGACCCACCAGGACCAACUGAAGUUACUUGCUGAAAAAACCUCCUUCGAAGCUUCCUUGAUCAAUCAGAUCGCAGAGUCUUUAACAGACGCAAGUUCUGCCCUCUCCCGGACUCUCCAAGAGAUUGAUCUGUCCACAAAGGUGUCCCUGGAGCCUACGAGUGGUUCUCGAACAGCCGGGACCUCAGCAGAGGCCUUAUGUAAAAAACUGCUCUUGGAAAGCCAGUUUUGGAGCCAGGUGGAGGAUCUCAGAAAGCAGUUGGGAGGCCUUGGGAGCGAAGGAGGAGGAGGAAACCAAGCAGACGCUGGCCCUCCCUGCUUCCCGCGGGACAGCAUCUCUGCGUUGGCAGAUGCGACCCUGGUCAAGGCAGAACUCGGUUUUGCUGUCCAGAAGCUGAGGGAGUCCUUUCACGACCGGUUACAAACGCUUGAAGACAACCUGCGUGGCACCAAGACAGCCCUUGAGCAAUAUAAAGGCAUGUUGGGGGAAAUCAUAAGGGCCCACGGAACUCCCAGCUUGGAAAGCGUGGUGCGGCAGAUUUCAGAAACCCUGGAACCCCAGGCAGGGAUUGAGAGGGGCGGACUGACCGAGGAGGACGGGAAGCGGUUCGAGCCGGAGCCGGCUCCGGGUCCCGCCGAGGGCUUGGACCUUCCCAGGGCCCCAGACCAGGGGGAGGAGGAAGAAACUCUGGUUUCUAUUCAGGAACAGCUUGCCCAACAGCUGAAGGAAAAAGCAAGUGUUCUGGAGGAAAUAGCCGCCUCGCUAGCCUCCCUGCCUCCGGGGGAGCCCCCGGGUGACCAACGGGAGGUGCUCGAGGCCUCUCAGGGUGUCUCCGACCUCACCAGCCUGGGCGGGCUCAGCCGCUGCUCAUCGUUACUGGUUCGAGAUGCGAUCACCCAGGCUCAGGUUUGUUACGCUGGCUGCAGAAUCAGGCUGCAGUAUGAGAAGGAGCUCCGGUUCUACAAAGACUCCUGGGAGAAGGCGGGCGCCUCGUGCCAGGAGCGAGCGCGGGCGGUGGCUGCCCUCCGGCUGGAGUACGAGGAGCUCCUGCGGAAGCAGAAGAGCGAGUACCUGCAGGUGAUCGCCAUCGUGGAGCGGGAGAACGCCGACCUGAAGGCCAGAGUGGCUCAGCUGGCCCGUCAGCAGAGGUGCUUGGAAGAAGCGGAGAGCAAACACAACGAGAGCAUUUUCGCCUUGCAGGGCCGCUACGAGGAAGAGAUGAGAAGUGUGGUCGAGCAGCUGAGCCGCACGGAAAACACCCUGCGGGCAGAGAAGACCAGGGUCCUCAGUCAGCUGGAUGCCUCCGUGAAAGAUAAGCAAGACAUGGAAAGGUACCAUGGGGAGCAGAUGCAGACCCUGGAGGACAAGUUUCAGCUCAAAAUUAGGGAACUGCAGCUAAUUCACGAAGAAGAACUGCGCACUUUACAAGAACAUUACACGCAGAACUUGCGCUGCUUGCAAGAGACGCUGAACUAUUACCAGAGGCAGCACCCGGGGGGACUCCCGGCCCUCGAGCACCGCUCCUGGCCAUCGGCUCGGCCGGAUGGCGCCGGCCAGAUGACCGAGGUCGAGGCCGAUUCCACGACCGGGUUGAGGGAGCGGAUCCAGGAGCUGGAAGCCCAGAUGAAUGUCAUGAGAGAGGAACUGGAGCACAAGGACCUGGAGGGAAACGCCUCAACUCUGAGGGAAAAAUACCAAAAGGACUUUGAGAACCUUAAGGCAACAUGUGAACGAGGGUUUGCCGCCAUGGAAGAGACUCACCAGAAGAAGAUUGAAGAUCUGCAGAGGCAGCACCAGCGGGAACUGGAGAAGUUGAGAGAGGAGAAAGAUCGCCUUCUGGCAGAAGAGACAGCAGCUACCAUCUCAGCUAUCGAAGCCAUGAAGAAUGCCCACCGCGAAGAGAUGGAGCGGGAGCUGGAGAAAACCCAACGUUCGCAGAUCAGCAGUGUGAAUUCAGAUAUAGAGGCACUUAGGAGACAGUACCUGGAAGAGUUGCAGUCCGUCCAGCGGGAACUGGAGGUGCUGUCGGAACAGUACUCUCAGAAGUGCUUGGAGAACGCUCACUUGGCUCAAGCCCUGGAGGCAGAGAGGCAGGCCCUUCGCCAGUGCCAGCGAGAGAACCAGGAGCUCAACGCGCACAAUCAGGAGUUAAAUAACCGCCUGGCUGCGGAGAUCACACGGUUACGAACGCUACUGAUGGGGGAGGGCGGAGGAGAGGCUGCUGGGUCACCUCUCACGCAGGGCAAGGACGCCUACGAGUUAGAGGUCCUAUUGCGGGUCAAGGAGUCGGAAAUCCAGUACCUGAAGCAAGAAAUCAGCUCUCUGAAGGAUGAGCUGCAGACAGCACUGAGGGAUAAGAAGUAUGCCAGUGAUAAGUACAAAGACAUCUACACAGAGCUGAGCAUUGUGAAGGCAAAAGCAGACUGUGACAUCAGCAGGUUGAAAGAGCAGCUAAAGGCGGCCACAGAAGCACUGGGUGAAAAAUCUCCCGAGAAUACCACGGUGUCAGGAUACGAUAUCAUGAAAUCUAAAAGCAACCCUGACUUCUUGAAGAAGGACAGAUCCAGUGUUAGCCGACAACUAAGAAAUAUCAGGUCAAAGAGUCUGAAGGAAGGCCUGACAGUGCAAGAACGCCUGAAGCUCUUCGAAUCCAGGGACUUGAAGAAAAAUUAGUGGUAUCCCAUCCAACUUGAACACACACCCCCUCCCAGCUUGCAGCAGCACAACACGAGCGCUGUUUUUUGUCUGUACCGUAUUUUUUAUUAUUAUUAUUAUUGUUAUUAGUAUUGUCAUCAUUAACUGUUGUUUGUGUGGAUGCUUGGGAUAAGAGCCUGAUUUUUUUGGAUUGCAGCUCUCACCAUUCCCUACCAGGUUGAACCCUUCUACCCCACCCCUCCAGCAUCUUUUCUUCCACUGAAUCCCCAAAUGACUAAAUGAAUUUGGAGAGGGGAGGAAAUUCCCCUUCCUCCUCUCGACGGUUUAUAUUAGAAUACCUUAUUUACUGUAAUUCAUUACACUAAGUGUCAGUAUUAAGGCUCAGUAGCCUAUUGAUAAGCUAGCUCUGAUUUACCAAUAUACUGGUAUGGAAACGGAGCCCAGUUUGGCGUAUCUAGCUCUACGGACGGUGAUUUGGUGCUUGGGUGUAACUUUGAGCCAAGGCACCGUGAGAUACUUAACUUUAUGUUUCUCCAAGGAAAAGUCAUAAAGACAGUCUAUUUCUGCCUGGAUUUUAGCACUGACAACUCACUGGCCUUCUGCAGCGAAGUUAGAGAAAGGUGGUGGUGCAGUUGUGAUUCUGCUCCCUUUGGCUCAACUCUGUGGUGAUAAGGGAUUUGUAGUUUGGGGGAAUGACAGCAUUAGGGAUUCGAUCCACUGAUGCAGUUUAGAACCACACAUCCCGGUGGCAAUACUGUGGCCGACGAACAUACUCUUAACAGGAGAAUUGUUGAAACAGAUCGUUCCUAAUUUUUUGUUCUUUUUUUAUUAAAUCUUGCACAAAAGACUAGCUCCCCCUCGCAUUCCUUCCUCCGACCGAUCCUUUCUCUGUCGUAGCCAGGUGUUCUCAGAGGUCUCACGUGGUGAACCCCAAAUGAAUCUAGCCCCGAAAAGGUCUGUUUUUCUUCCUUGCCCGAGAACAGAAGUUUUCCUUUGGUUGGAUGCCUUUGGUAAAAUAUCUCUGCUGAAGAAGGGAAUGAGGCUGAUGGUACAGUUAAACAAGUCCAUUUAACGUGCUGAUUGAACACGUACUCUUCCAGCCUCAGAAGGUGGAUUGCAGCUUAAAAGUUUCAUCUUAAAAGUACGUUUUAUUUUUGAAAAAUUCUGAACCAAACCAAGUCAGCUUUAGUCCCCGAGGCAGGGUAUGGUCAUCUCAGUCACAGUAAGUACGUUUGUUGGUCAGGUAAACAUCUUCUCCAACAGUGGGUGUCCAAAGAGAAUGAAUGCCAGAAUGGUAGAUUUCGGCUUUUUGAGGGACGUAUGUGUAGGCAGGUGUGACUGAAAAGCGAAUAGGAAUCACUUAUCCUGCUGAGUUCAAAUGGGCUUCCCACAGGAAAGAGUAAGUUAAUAAUUAAAAUAGUAUCCAUGGAAAAGCUGGGCAGAACAGUGAAUCAACCUGGCUAGAAAUAUUUUUUAAAAGAGUUUUUCUUUGGGAGCUCAGCCCAGUUCUCCUAAACCCUGGAAAAACUAUGUAUUGUGGCCUAGUUACCCUGCACUGUCGGUUUGACUUUCUCCUCCUUGACCCAAAACCAACCCCCCAAACUCAGAAUAAUCCUAAAUGUCAGCUAUUAAAAUAGGUGUUCUCCUAUGUUCAUUUGAAGGGCUUGGGGGGGUAUGCAAACUGUCCAUUUGCUCUGAGCUGGUCAUAAUUAUGCUAGAUGAGGAAAAGGAAUGGCAACAGUUGCUUUCUGUCAUUAUGCCUCGAGAUAAAAGGUGGUCAGGUCACCAUUUUCUUCUUGCUUACAAGGCUGAGCUGAGCCAUAUCCUUUACCCGUAGCCCCGUUUUGUUUGCGCUGGGGCGAAAGUGUGACUGAUGGCCUAGCUCUUUAUACGACUUCCAGUUCUAAUAACAGUUUUCUUUGGGCUUCCAGUGCCCUUUGACUCACACAUCCAUCAGACUCUUGGGCCAAGUGUGUAGGUCUUACCGAAGUCCGUAAAAAUGUAGACGCUGGUACAGCAAAUGCUUUUUUUUUCUUUUUUAACAGGAGCUUGUUUCUUUUUUUGUUACUUGGAUCACCAGGUGGUAGUCUUCCAGGACGAGGGUGUGAAAUUACAGGUGACACUAGCAAGCAAGGCAGAGAGACUUUUUGGGAACUGAGGUGUGAUCAUCAUCCAGAGGUAGAACGAAAUCCAUUUUUUAAGGCAGCAGCUGAUGGUAGUAUGCUGUUGGGAGACCUAGGAAGCGCUUUGGACCCACUUAGUUUGGUGUAUUCGCAGAAAGAGAACUGAAUUACUGAUGUCAGAGGGAGGAUCGCACAAGUAUCCUUUGACCCAGCAAGUAUAAAUGUGAAUGAGAGAGCACCACAAUGAUGGAUUUGCAAAAUGUAAGUGCUUUAAUGAGAGAACCUGAUAAUGCAAGUAGUGAGAGAAAUAGCACGUCAAAUAGUUUGAAUGAUAGCUUAAAAAAAAAUUGUAGAAGUAGACAGGCGUUCACCAAACAGCAUUUUAGUGUAGUACCAUACUUCUUCUUCUAUCUGGGGAAAAGUAGAGUAUGUUUAGUUUUGUGCAUGCUAAAGCAUCCUGAGCACUAAACAGAACUUCUCGUCACUGUGGUGACUCUCUUAUGGCAAGGAAAUGGCACCAUUUAUUUCACACGUGUCUUACCUUUCGGCUCGUUCUACAGAUGUUAUUUGCGUGGGGGUGGUGGUGUGUAUUUGUGUGUGCAUGAGGAACAAGCCAGGUAUAAUCUGUAGCUAUUUUGAAUAGUUCCAUUUCUCUGAUUUGAAACUGUGCAUGGGUCAGAGAUGAUGAAAGUGUGGGAGUCUUCAGUUUUAAAUGGUUUAAACUUGGGUGUUCAUGCAUAUCUCACUGCAACUCCCAGAACUGUAAAUAUCUCUUGGUUAUGUAGUACUUAUCUAGACAUAGAGAGAGAGAAACUGUAUAUACUGCAAAUCAGGUUUGUUUGCAAGAAGUCGUGCACCAUCAAGAACAGCCAAUUGGAAGUUGAAGGAAGCUAAGGGGGAGGUUAUCGCAAAAAAGAUCUACCACUGGAAAUAACUUUCUGAAGCACUUUGAGCCAACUAAUUAUUAUCCCCAAAGCCACAGUGGAAGGUAAACAAACCAUCCUCUAGUGUCCAAUUUUCAGGUUUCUCUGGAUCUUUAGCUGCCUGUUUGAUGCAUCACAGCUAUUCUUAGCGUAUGGCCAAACACGGGCUUGAUUACAAGCUUGUUUUGCUUUCAUUACAGGGCCUACCUUGAUUCAAGAGCAGCCCACUUGAGAGAUGGCCAGUAGUGUUGAGUUCCUCCAGGGAAUAGCUUUUCCCGUUGAGGUGUGAAAGGAAAUAUAGGAGUCCAGUUGCUCUGGAUUCCUUUCCUUGGUUCAGGCUUAGCCACCCUACCUAUUCGGUGACUUCCCCAUCCCCUACGGUAAAACUAUCCUGAUCUAGAUGAACAAAAGUUUUCCGUCGGAACAAGUUAACAGAUGAGGUGCUCUGACCGAGAGAAUGCUUCCAAGACCCUCACUUUCAAAUCCGCUCAAAAAGGAUGUAAACAUUUUGGUUUCCAACUUGGAAGAUUCUGGGGCAAACAGCAAUAGUGCAAGGAGAGAAAAGAUGAAAUGGAUAUGGCUUGGGCUUAAAAAAAAAAACCCCAAAAAACCUCAUUUAAGUUUUCAUGUUUUAAAUUUAAGAGGGCUUUAAUACAUUUCUCACCGACACUGGUGGAACGGGCCCCUUUUCUUCUCUUUAUACAGGGGGAGGGGGAUGACCCCAACUGCUGCCCUUCAGUUUAUUGUGAGAAGGAAAGUGAUUUACAGCCAUGCCAAAAUGCCCUCAUCAAGGAACACUUUCUUAAUGAGUGAAUGCUGUCAGACUUCCUAAGGGCUUUUCAGGAAACUUCAAGCUAAACUUGGUUAGCAAGCAUUGACAUCUGCCCUCCAGUGGCUCCGUUCUCCUUUUGCCAUUGGCAGCAGAGUAGUUCCUUUUCGUCCUUUUCCCUCCAGCUCAUUCCCCUCCCAAAAGACCAAAAGCAAACUUCUUAGCUCAGGCUUUCUAUUAUGAAAGAAACCUGCAUUGCUUUACAGUUGUUAAAGUAACAAAACCUACAGCUUUUCCUCGGUGCCAACAGCAGGAUCAUGUUUAUGCAAUAAUCAGCAAAAUAUUUUGUAAUUCACUUUCCCUUCUUGCUGGGCCUGAGCACCCUUUGUACUCCAGGGCACUAUAGCAGCUAUAGCCUCGAUUGUUCUUAAAGGACAAAGUAUAUUGUUUCUACAUCCUUGUCCUUUUUUAUUUUGGGGGGGGCAGGUCACCACAUUUUACAAAAAUUGAAGCUUUAAAAAGAAAAGAACCAGAUUGCGAGGUUGAGUAAAACCAAAUGUUAAGCUCUUUUGACAGGAAGAUGUAAUCAAAUUCAAUACAUAAAUGCAGAAUAUAAAUACUUCCAGUUCGAAGCUCAUCUUAUAGGGGAUGCUAACCUGUCACUUUUUCUUUGGCACCAAUGUCAUGAACUUUUCCUGAGUGUACUCCUUUUGUCCCCGCGGCACUUGAAUGAAACAGAAAUGAGAACUUUUUAGUAGGUAGGUAGUCACAGCUUGGGGCUAAGCAUUAAACAUUCUGAAAUUUGUUGCUGCUUAAACAGUACUUGAUUGGAAUUCCACUUAAACCUAGGCUACUCCCAUGGCUCAUAUACAGUACCUAGACUGUGAACUCUUAAAAAGCUCAUGUACACUUCGUGAUGCUUGUGCUUCCCUUUUAAAAAGCUUGGUUUAUUCUCCUUAAAUUUAAAAACUAUAGUAUUCUAAACAAACAAUGUAAAUAUUUAUUACUCAGCAGGGAGGGAGGUUUGUGACUUAAAGCUAGGUGUUUUGGGUUUUGUUUUGUUUUCUUAAAAACUUCUCUAGUACCAACAUUCCUCUUUCAAGCCAAAGGAAAAGAUGUGGGUGUGCAGCAUCCUCUUGGAAUGCAUCUGAUGACCGUUAUAAAACCUCUUGGAAUCCUUAACUGACACACCUCUGGUUUUGAAAAUACUGGUCCAAAAGUGUUCAGUGUCUGAAAACUAAACCUCUGACACAGGGGUAACACUGUAUUUAGAAGGUGGCAGUUAUUCCCAAGGGCGGAGGGGAGAAAAUUUGCUUUGUUAACUCCAUUAGGACUCAAACUCACACGACUUGAGACAUUUGGGUUUGGUUUUUUUUAUUUGGCAUGUAAAUGAUGACCCUUGGGCACCAGCAAAGUGAUCCCCUAGGGCUAAAUAGAUAAUACAAUUAAACCAUAAGUCUCUUCCCAUUUUUAUGUUGUACAGUAACAUGAAAGAUGCUGAAAUACACUCUGGAAGCAGUUUUUUUAAUAGAGAACAUAGAAGCUAUUGAGAUACAAUACACAGUGUUGGUGAGAGUCAGAUAACAAAACAUUAGAGGCUGAUUUGGAAGUCCAUUAAAUAUAACCAGACAUCCUAAAAGCAAAUGUCUAACUCUCUGUUGUAGUUAUUUAAAUCUGCUCCUCACCUUUACUUUGGAAUUAUUAGAGGAAUGAAGUUGUGGAGGGCAGUAGCGGAUUGUGAUCCCAGAGACUAUUCCUGUAUAAUCUCGACUAACUGUUAAGCAUCCAUUUUGGAGGUUAUCUGCUCAGAAACCUCACUCCUGCCCCACCCCACUCACGCACUAACUUUCUCCUUGCGCCGACAGAGCUACUGGUUCUGAUAUAUUCACUAUUCAAAGGAGAAAGAUUUGGGAAUUCACCUCCCACUUGGAGAAAGUAGGUCAGAGUAGUUUCCAGACCAGAAGUUUUGCGCUAGGAGAAAAUUGUAUGGUUGUAAAAACAAUUGUAAAAGGGCAAUGAGUAAUAUUUAGAAUUGUUUUUCUCAUUUUACAGAUUUGUUUCCUUCAACCAAUCCUUUGCUUGUACAUUACUUGCAGUUAUCAAUGGGGGUGUCUUCAUUGAAGUAUUAAUGACCAGUGCUUUAUUACAUGGGAGGGAAACUAUUAGGCGACUCACUGAAGAGAACAUUACAAGUCCAUACUAACCACUUUCCUGCUUGAAUAAUUUAACAAAGAGAGAACAAACUUACAGGUGUCUGUAUGUAUGCAAUUAACAAUAUUGUUGCACUGAACUAAGGAGUCUGUGCACAAGGCUAAAACAGCGUGAGAGAGGGAGGGGCCGGGGAAAGAACAAGUACAGAGCCUGACAAUAAAACCUAACCAGCCGCAAAUGUAAAGGGAAGGCAUAAGGCAGAGCUCCUCUAAGCUUUUGACCUUCCUGGUUUGUGGCCCCUCCAUGUUCUUUUGAAAGGGGAUACUAAUUUACUACAAAAUUCUCUCCCUCCUUCCCUUCCCCCUCACUCCUUUCAAUUUAAUUCAGUCCAAACCUUCUCGGUUUAACUUUUGUGGGACUGUUUUUUAGCCAUUGUUCCUGAUCAAUUGUUCACUGUAAUUGAAGUGUCACUUUGUCACUAUUUAUUCCUUAAAACCUUGUGUGACAUGCUAGAUUCCCAUGGAUGUAGCUGAUCAUUUUUAUUUUGUAAAUAUUACCUAACUUUACAUAAACUAUAUCGUAAUAAACUAUUUUUGCACCACC